AUGAGAAUUGAUCAAUUUUCAAAUAAAAAACAAACACCUCCUGAAUCAAUUUUGUCUGAAAUCAGAUUGAAUCGGCUAGUUCGAUUCGGAUCGUGUUGGUUCAGGUUCUUUUGUUAUAUUGCCGAACUUAACACAGAAAGCAGGCAGAAGGAUUUGGUUAAGUGGGUUCUUACCAGGAGAACGACAAAUGUGGAUUUAGAGGCAGCUGAUCUCGAAGGGGAUGGGAUUGUAGGGGCUGCUGAAUUUGUCUUAUAUAAGCUAAAAGAGAUGGGAAAAAUUAAUCAAGAAGAUAUUUUGCUUUUUAUGGAUGAGUUUGAAAACCUUGAUUUUGAUCAAUCUGGAACUCUGUCGGGCUGUGACUUGAAGCUUGCACAGCCAGCUCAAAUGUAG